UCUUCCAAAACUAUUUCGGUUUAUCGUAAAGCGUCUUUCGAAUGAAUAUUCAUGCUGUUAGCAGCGCUCUCAAAAAUGCAAAAUUAUUGAUUGACUGCGCAGUUAACUUACUAUCCUAAGCUAUAUUUUAAAUAUACCUUUUUAAAGUUUAAAUCAUAAAUAAAUAUUUCUGUGUUGCAUCCUUCUUGGUUGAAAUUAAAACUGCCAAAUUGGAAGUCCGCUCGAGUAAGAAGCGUCGGAGCAAUGGUGUAAUUGAUUAAUAGACUGGUGGGCGAGCCUCAUUCCAAUCUAACGGUCCUUCAGUCGGGCGUUCUCAGGUGCGGGUGGGGUGAUUAAGUCUCGUGUCAGGUGUGCAGCGUGACGUUUGAAGGCAGGUUGGAAGUGCGAGUGUUGUAACUUUCUUCUGGGCUCGCUUGGAGUGGCGAACGCAUACGUGGAUUGAUGCUCUCUCUGACGUAAUAAAGUAAAGCAUCCCCUGGUGCCAGCAGUCUGCCUACAGGAGCACUACCCCCUACCCAACCCCCCCUCUCCAAAUUACACACACCCCUCCGAGACCAACUUUGGCCUGCAUCAGCAUGACAAAACACUGGGGGUCCACCAUUUUUCUAGGGCAGCCGGUUUUCGCCUACCUGCCCUCGACCUCCCCUUGCUUCAGCCCAAUCCCCGCCAACCUUCACCGCGACUGCACCGAGCCGCUCCAGCCGGAGACCCCGAAGUCCACGCAGAAGGACUACCCGCGAGUCUCGUCUGUCACCAACUCUGCUCUGCGCAACAGUUUUGCCUCUAGCCCCUCGUUGCCGUGGAGCACCAUUAGUAGCCCAUGGCCGAUGGACCUACGCACAGAGAAGAAAGCGGUCACAGCCGGAUCACCCAUCGAGAGGUUAAAGCUGGAGCUGGAGCAGAAGUCGAUGGAGGAGAAACUGAACGACUUUGAGCCCGGCCCCCUGAACUUCGGGCCGCAGGGCCAGCUUGCUGACCAGGACGGGGAGAACAACUCCGAUCUUAAGAAAGGGAAGAAAAACUAUAAGCGUUACCCCAAGCCACCCUACUCCUACUUGGCCAUGAUCGCGAUGGUCAUCCAGAACUCGCCAGAGAAGAAGUUGACCUUGUCUCAGAUCUUCAAAGAGAUCAGCACGCUGUUCCCUUUCUUCAAAGGCAAAUACAAGGGCUGGAAGGAUUCGGUUCGUCACAACCUGUCUUGUUACGACUGCUUUGUUAAGGUUUUGAAGGAUCCAAACAGGCCACAAGGGAAAGGAAACUUCUGGGCUGUUGAUGUGACAAGAGUGCCACCAGAUCUUCUAAAGAGGCAGAAUACUGCAAUAUCACGGCAAGAGGAGGCCAUCUUUGUUGAGGACCUAUCCCCUUAUAUUCUGCAUGAACAGUCUUGCCUGGAGGAGCAGCGUGAGCUGCCUAUUGUGCCAGUUGCCAAUAACCGGAUUGAUGCCAAUGAAAUGUAUCGACCAAAGCUGGACUCCUCUUUUGCCAUUGACUCUCUUUUGCACACAUUCAAGCCUGCCACAAAUAGUUUGGACCAGCCUUCAAAGGCUUAUGGCAAUAAGUUGGAGGCAAGGCCCUUUGUUAAUGAACUGCCUCUCCCGGAUCCUUACGCGAGACAACCUUCAGCCCUCAGCUGUUCAACAGAAUCCCGGAGCACUUCUGGCAGUACAGUGAGUCCUGCUUCCUCUUCAUCCUCCGAGAAUGAUUCCAGCUGGCAGAGUGGUCGACUGGUUUCAAAGAGAUCCAGGGAGAUGAUGGGUGGGGAUGAUGGAUCAGAUUCUGAUGCCUGUGAUGACUGUGCCACCCCCAUGAAAUCCUCGAGGAGGUGCUCUGCUCCCUGGGAGCUUCCUACCUCCUAUGCAAAAUACGCCCCCCCAAAUGCGGUGGCACCUCCAAGUAUGCGCUUUUCAAACAACCCACUUCUGCAACUGGGAGGUCUACCAUUCUACAACAUCCGGCCUCCCCAGACUGCAUAUAUGGGCCCUGGAUACUGGUCCCUUUUGCCUCCGUCAACUGGACCUCUGCAAGCCUAUCGUCACCACCCACCCCAUCUCUUCAUGGACCUAGACAACCUCUUGCAGUCUGUGCCACCGAAUAAGAGUGUAUUUGACGUGCUGGUACCAGAACCUCCCGUUUCCCAAGUUGGCCAGUAUAAUGCUCCAGCUGCACAGCAUGCUGGGACACUUCCUAGGUAUAACCCAUUCUGAGCUACCAGUGGGGUUUGGGGGAGGGGAUGUGGGGGGCAGACUGGUGGUAUCAAAACAUUAGUUGCCAAGGUUGAGAAGAAUAGAUCUUUUUGUAUAUCGUCUUUGGUCUCUGCUGCUGUGCUUGCAGAGUGUCUUAAAAUCGGGAAGAUUAUGCUCUCAAUGAAUUUCUGAAGAGCAGCUUUUUUUUAAUAUUGGAUGUAUGUUUACAAAUUUGCCGAAUGGGGGGCUGCUCUGCACCCUGUGCAGGGGGUGCCUGCACUAGUUGCCCAUUUCUGUGUUGGCACUUUACCACUGGCCUCUGAAGGCCACUCCUGCAGAGCAGAUUAUUUUAAAGACUGGAUUUUAUAGUUGCCUGUGUUUAGGUUUUGUCUUGGCUUCUAUGUGUGUGUGUGUGUGUGUGUGUUUGUAUAGUGUUUGUUUUGUGGGGGGUUGUGCUUUUAUGCCAGGACUAGUGUAUCUUCUAUGGGGAGGAAAAAUAUAAAUGAGCUGGAUUUCCAAACUGUCUGCAUAGCUUUUGAUGCGAGAUGCUCUUAAGUGUGGUCUGCCAGCCACUCUGACUCCUCAAAUCUAAAGUUAUGCCAAAAAAAUGCAGGGCUUGCUAUCCUGGGUAGACCAGUAAUCAGCCUGGCCAAAUGGAGAAGCAAAUACUGUGGACUUUGGAAAGAUCAGAUUUUUCUCGAUUUUCCCCAACCUAACGUGAUGCUAAAUAAUGAGAUGAACUCUUGUCUCUAGUAAAUAGUAGCACCUGGGAGUGUGUGAGGAUUCAUUCUUGCUACUGGUACUGGCAACCUUUUCUUUUUAAAUUUUUGGUAACUGGUUGUUGUACAGUCUAGUGCAGCAGGAAAAUGUGUUUUACACCAAAACCUAAUAUAAACACUUGAGUGGCAAUGAGUGAGGGAUGUGAGAGGCUGCCAUAGCUCAGUGUGUGAGUGGUGCCAAGACAGACUGGUAAGAAUUUGGAGACUGGCAUGCAGUUUCUUUCCUUGUAUGAAGAUGCUCUAAAGCAGCUUAUUGCUGCCUUUGUACUCUAUGGUUUUAAGCAAAUUUUACUUUGGUAGGUGGAUGGUUAGGCUGCCCCAGAAAUUCUAGUGAUGGACUAGCCUGCCACCUCGCCCUCUUUUAGGCAUCCUAAGGCAAUCUGAGUAUCCAGGGCACCUCUAAACAUCCACCACAUUGCUGCAGCAGAGAGUUUUGUGCCACUGUGGUCAACCUGUCAAAAUACCACACCACUCUCUUUAUAAUUCAUUCAGUUUUUAGAAUUUAACCUGGGGAUUUAAUUUUAAAUCAUAAACUUGAUUUUUAUUUUUUUGCUUUGCCUCUCAUGGAGAGUGCAAUGUGUUUUUGGGUUUGCUUUUAAAGUUGUGUUUUUUUUAUGAAUCCUUCCUUAAGGAUUUUGCUUUGUCACCUUAUGGUUCCAAACCAGUCUGUGCAAUACCUGUAAAUAAAAUCCAUUGCUGCUGGAAGAGUUUAUAUUGUACUUGUGUGUGGUUUCUUUUUAUUUUU